UUAACCUUUUUCUAGAUAAAUAAGUUAACUAGAUUUUCUUAAUCAUCUCAUUUUUUUACAUUUUCACCUCUUUCAUUUUCUUAAUCUUAUCUUUUUUUUUAAAUUAAUCCUUAAUUAGUGGCUAAUUAUGUCUAUUUUUCCAGGUAAAAGUCAAUUUAUGAGCCGAAAAUCGGGAAUAAUUAAGAAACGAAUUGUUUGGACAAGAGAUGGUGGAUAUGUACAGGAAUCAAUUGACAAAGGAUGGAUUAUGUGCCCUCGAUCUGCGAGCACUGAAGCUGAUUUCGGACGAUAUUCUGACGACUACCCUGAAAAUAACCCUGACCACGAAGGUGAAUCUCCAUUUACCUGUCCCGAUGAAAACGUUGAAAAGGUUGAAGGGGGCGAAGGUGAAUGUAAAGAUGAACCUCUCACUAUUCCUGAACCAAUGAAGUUAAAGGAGAUCGAGGCGUUAAUAAAAACACCGGAAGAAUCAGUUACUGUCCAUGAUGGUAACGGAAACACUAAUGAUGAAGAUGAUAGAAAUCAUCCAGGUUACGGAAGUGCAGAUGCUGACGAGGAAAUGAUUCAUUCUGUAGCUGAGGAGGCGGAAGUUACUAUUGGCGAUGAAUCUCAACAGAGUACAAGUCAAGAUAGUUUUGAGCCGAUUGCGGGUCCAAGUGGAAUCAAUUUCGGUGCAACCACCAGUGGAUUGAAUCUUCCCUCUUCCUUUGAAGAUGAAGAGGAAGGGAAAAGGCCAAGGAAAAAAGUGUGUACGAUUGAUUAUAAUGAUUAUGAUUUCGACGAUGAAGAUUAUGAUCAUGGUUACGAUUAUGAGGAUUACGAUCUUGAUGACGAUGAUUCAAAUAACAAUGAAUUCGGCUCAACUCAGACGAUACUUCCACCGCCGUUAAUACACCAUAGUUACACUCGAAGUCAACAUUAUCAUACAGGUGAACCAAGGGAGGGCAUUAGUGCAGCCGAUUGGAGUGAGGCCGGUCCUUCAGGCGUUGGUCAAGCUCAGCCUCAGAUUAAUUCUCAGCUUGAAUCUCGACCUGGUUCUCAACCCGAUUCGGGACCUUCGUCGUCCCAUGCAUCCGCUGUUUCGGGCCCAUCUUCCACCGGGGCUGUUGGUGCUCCAUCUGAUUCCGAUCUUUCCUCUUCCUGUUCCCACCAUUCACUUGUUGAUCGUUACACUCACAUGAACAUUUCCGGUUGUGAAGAUCAGACUGAUGAGGAAUGUGCUUUUGAUGAGAGUGACGAUUAAUCAAUUGACAACAAUCAACGAAAUUGUAAAUCUUUUCCAAGUAAUUACAUCAAUCGAACAUGAAUUUUUUUCUUCUACUAAAUUUCCUCAAACAACUUAUGACAUUUUCUUUAAUCACUCAACAAUUUAUGUAUUUACACAUUUGAUUAACAUCAUCGAGACUUCAUCAAUCAGAUAAUUUAUUUUGUAUAGUUAAUUUUAUUCAUCUCAAUUGUAGGACUUUUAAGAUUAUCAUGAUUAUAAUCUCAUCUAUGUAUAAAUUACAUUUAAUAGUAACAAUUAAAAAGAUCUGUCAAAUUGA